AUGGCUUAUCAUUCGUCGUUUGCUAACAGCAAAUUUCGUCUAGGGAAUAUGGCGCUACUACCGAUUCGAACUCGUUACAGUGGUCCAGCUUCUGUUGAAACUUCUACUGAAAAUGAAGAUAUUAUUGAUGAAGCACUAAAAUAUUUUCGAGCUAACAUAUUCUUUCGUAAUUAUGAUAUUAAACAUGAUGCUGAUCGAACAUUGAUCUAUCUCACAUUGUACAUAGCUGAAUGUUUACGACGUCUUCAAAAGUGUCAAUCACGUAUUCAAGCACAAAAAGAAUUAUCAGCAUUAGCUAUUUCAACAUUUCCAAUUCCUGGUGAUGCAGAUUUUCCACUAAAUGGCAUGUUCAUUAAACCAACAGAUAGCGAAGUUGAUAAAAUGAAACAGUAUCUUGAACAAUUACGUAAAGAAUGUAGUGAUCGUAUGAUCGAUCGAGUCAUCGAUCCAGAAACGAAUAAACCAUCUAAAUGGUGGCUUUGUUUUGUUCGUCGCUGUUUUAUGGGCAAAACCUUGUUAAAUAUCGGAUCAUUGUAG